AUGACGAAGACAGCAAUUAUCAAGACACUGCGAAGAGCCCGAGUAACGCUAGACGAGUUGACCACCCUGUUAACUGAAGUAGAAGCAAUCCUAAACGAUCGCCCGCUCACAUGCAUCGGAGAAACGGAUACCCCCGCCCCGCUGACCCCAGCACACCUCCUCAAUGGAAGACAAAUCACGGGAUUACCGCAUGAAGCUGUCGACCUCGAUGAAAUAGCAGACCGGAACUUCAUGGACACAAGCAGUCUCACUAAACGCGCGAAAAGACUUUCGUCACUACUCGAUCACUUUUGGCAAAAGUGGUCCACGGAGUAUAUACCCGCGCUCAGAGAACGACACAUUCGAUCCAAACGUGGUCAUCUCGAAACCCGCGCAAAGGUUGGAGACAUUGUUUUGGUUCAUAGCGACGAGACGAAAAGGGUGAAUUGGAAGAUGGCGAAAAUAGAAAGUUUGAUCUAUGGUCAGGAUGGGAUCGCACGCGCGGCACAGAUUAAAACCGCAUCAGGUGUCACCAAUCGGCCAAUCGCGCGCCUCUAUCCGUUAGAAGUCACCGCUGAAGACACUCAGAAAGACAAUGAAAACCCAAACACAACGCAACCACAAGUGAAGCCUAUUGCUACUGUUAACCGGCCGCCAACCCGCAAUGUUAGCAAAAUUGCCCGCACCAAAAUCAACAAAUGGGCAAAUGUUUUGAACAAUCAAGACGAUUAA